CUGCGUGCGGCGCGGGUUACCCAGAGUGCUCCGCGCGGGGGCAGCUCACUGGAGUUUGGUUCUCGAGGCGGCGGCGGCAGCAGCGGCGACGGCUCCGGCGGCUCCUCCUCCUCCUCUGGUGGCGGCGGCGCCCCGGGCCUGAGCCCCGGCCCCGGCUCCCCUCUCCGCCACCCCGCGCGCCCCCACUUCCCCCCGUGCCGCGGGGAACAUGAGGCUCCGCUCCCGGAGGCAGACGAGUGAGUGACCCCGUCCCCCGCCUCAGCCCGCCCGCCCGCUGGCCCGGCCGCUCCCCCCCCGCCUCGCCCAGGCAAUGACAGCGGCUCCGCCGUCUCCGCAGCAGAUCAGGGACCGGCUGCUGCAGGCCAUCGACCCCCAGAGCAACAUCCGGAACAUGGUGGCGGUGCAGGAAGUCAUCUCCAGCCUGGAGAAAUACCCCAUUACCAAAGAGGCACUGGAGGAAACCCGACUUGGGAAGCUCAUCAACGACGUCCGCAAGAAGACAAAGAACGAGGAGCUCGCCAAGCGGGCCAAGAAGCUGCUGCGGAGCUGGCAGAAGCUCAUCGAGCCCGUGCACCAGAAUGAGGCUGCACUGCGGGGGCUGGCGGGUGCCCCCGGCUCGGCCAACGGGGGCGCCCAUAACUGCCGGCCGGAGGCAGGGGUGGCCGGCCCGCCCAAGAGCAUCCAUGACCUGAAGAACCGCAAUGACAUCCAGAGGCUGCCCGGGCAGCGGCUGGACAGGCUGGGCAGCCGCAAGCGCCGGGGGGACCAGCGUGACCUCGGUCACCCUGGGCCACCUCCCAAGGUCUCCAAAGUGAGCCACGACUCCCUGGUAGCCAACUCGUCCCCCCUCCCCACCAAUGGGAUCAGUGGGAGCCCUGAGAGCUUCCCCGGCCCCCUGGACGGCAGUGGGCACGUGGGCCCCGAGGGCAGCCGCCUGGAGCACAGCGAGAAUGACAAGCACAGUGGCAAGAUCCCCGUCAAUGCCGUGAGGCCACACACCAGCUCCCCGGGCCUGGGCAAGCCCCCCGGGCCCUGCCUGCAGACGAAGGCUGCGGUGCUGCAGCAGCUGGACAGGGUGGACGAGACUCCAGGUCCCCCCCACCCCAAGGGGCCGCCUCGCUGCUCUUUCAGUCCCCGGAACUCACGGCACGAGGGCUCCUUUGCCCGGCAGCGGAGCCCGUACACAUACAAGGGCUCCGUGCCCAGUCCCUCGCCUCGGCCCCAGUCACUCGAUGCCACGCAGGUGCCAUCACCGCUUCCGCUGGCCCAGCCGUCCACGCCCCCCGUGCGGCGGCUCGAGCUGCUGCCCAGCGCAGAGAGCCCGGUACGCUGGCUGGAGCAGCCUGAGGGCCACCAGCGGCUCGCGGGGUCGGGCUGCAAGGCAGGGCUGCCACCGGCCGAGCCCCUCCUGCCCCGGGCAGGCUUCUCCCCGGACUCCUCCAAGGCAGACAGCGAUGCUGCCUCCUCCGGUGGCUCGGACAGCAAAAAGAAGAAGAGGUACCGGCCUCGUGACUACACGGUUAACUUGGACGGGCAGGUGGCCGAGGCAGGUGUCAAGCCUGUCCGGUUAAAAGAGCGGAAGCUCACCUUUGACCCCAUGACGAGACAGAUCAAACCUCUGACCCAGAAAGAGCCAGUGCGGGCUGACAGCCCUGUGCACACAGAGCAGCCGAGGACAGAGCUGGACAAGCCCGAGGCCAAGGCCAGCCUCCAGAGCCCUUUUGAACAGACAAACUGGAAGGAGCUGUCGCGCAACGAGAUCAUCCAGUCCUACCUGAGCCGGCAGAGCAGCCUGCUCUCGUCGUCGGGCGCACAGACCCCGGGCGCUCACCACUUCAUGUCCGAGUACCUGAAGCAGGAGGAGAGCACUCGGCGCGGGGCCCGGAAGCCGCACGUGCUGGUGCCUCACGGCCCACCCACGGACCUCCCAGGGCUAAGCCGUGAGGUCACGCAGGACGAUCUGGACAGGAUCCAGGCUCAUCAGUGGCCGGGGGUGAACGGGUGUCAGGACACACAGGGUAACUGGUAUGACUGGACGCAGUGCAUAUCGCUCGACCCGCACGGCGACGACGGGCGGUUGAACAUUCUGCCUUAUGUCUGCUUGGACUGACUGGCCUGUCGGGCUCUAAGUGCAUUCCCACCUUGCAGUCAGCCAUAGAGGGCGGGCGCCAGGGCCCGGCCGCCUCCAGUGGUUGGGAAUCCGGAGUGGGGGGUGGGGGUCCGGCCCAGGGUGGGAGGGAGAGGGAGCGAGAGUCUCUAGGUCUCUCUGUGCUCUUCCCUCAAAAUUCUCCUUCUUUUGUGAAAUGCUGCUACCAGUUUACUAACAAAAUUGCAAAGGAAGGACCACGUGGAAGGAAGGCCAGCAAAGUGAGUUCAGAACUCUAUAGCAAACCAGCUAUAAAAAGCGUUAGCCCCCCACCCCGGAAGAGGUGCGGACGCUUCCCAGCCCCCAGUGAGCUGGGACCUCAGUUGCAGGCAGGCACAGAAAACCUGUGGAAGAGGUUACCUUUAACACAGCAACAGAAGCACGCAUCUCAUCUCUGCAUUUUCUGUUUUUUAACAUGGCCCUGAGUGUUUGAGGCAGUGGGCAACGCUGUGGCCUCUGUUUGCACCCCACCUGGCCAGCUUUUCCAUCAUGGUGCCAGAAGCUUCUCAGCUGUAGCGAGCUGCUGGCAUCAGGCAGGCCAGCUUGCCAGCCAGUUUGACCCAUGCUCCCUGGGCGUCCACACAUUUGUAUCUGGUUUCAGUUACAACCCAGUUUUUAAAGAAAUGCUGCAAAAAUUUAAGUUUUCUAGAGUUUAUUUUACCCCCCUCUUCCAUCUGACCGUCAGACGAAUAACUUUCCUUGUUCCUCCCUCUUCAUUUUCCCCUUCCUGCACAUAUCUAGAAAAGUUCACCUUUCUAGAGUCCCCUCCCCAAAAAACACAAAAGUAACCGUGGGUGCUACUGGUGUGUAAGCUGUACUGUUGGGUGAGAAGAGACCUGUCUGUACGCUGGAAACACUCAUAACCAUUCCUUUAGAUUCGUUUGCCUUAUGGUUAUUUGUCAUAAACGCGAUUUGCAAAAACAAGGAGCCUUAGUGAAUGUACAGUACCUAGACUUCUGUGUUCUCAGGACGCAGAAGGGAGCAACUUUGCUAUUUGGUCCAGUAAGUGGACACCUUGUGAUAUAAAUGUGGAAAUAAAAAAAAAAAAAAAAACAU